UUAAGGUGCGUUUACAUUAGAGCCCGAACACGAACGAACGCAAGCGAAUGCUACCGAACGAAUGCAAACGCAUAUUCGGUAGACAUUCGGCCGCGACUGUUUACAUUGCUCGAUCGUUCGUGUUCGUCAGUCUUCGCUCCCACAAAAAUCUUCGUUCCCAAAUACCUAAAUACACAAUAUUUAGUUAGUAUCGACAAGACCGCCGUGGAGUAAGGACUUUGUUGAUUUUUUUUAAAAAUUUCAGUGAAAGUGAAAUUUUUCUGUGUUGAAUUCGAAAAUUUAUAAGUUUUAAAAUGUCAUCAAGUGAAGAUGAUGAUUUGUUAUUAGCUGCUUCAAGUUUUUUGCUUAUGAAAUCAUUAAUAAAAAAAAAAAAAUCAAAGACAAGAAGAAAACGUCGCUGGUGGAUGACUUCGUUGUACAGUAACAGAGGAGUGUAUAGUGGAACUAUGUUGCUAAACGACUUGCAAAAAGAAGGUGGUGAUAACUUUAAAAACUGCUGUAGAAUGUCAUAUGAAACAUUUAGCCAGUUACUUACAUUAGUUGAUCCUAAAAUUCGAAAAGAAGAUACCAAGUUUCGAAAAGCUAUACCCUCAAAUGAGAGACUUGCAUUAACGUUAAGGUACUUGGCGACAGGUGAUUCAUUUUCAAGCUUAUCACUUAUUUUUAAAAUUUCAAAAUCAUCAAUUUCACAUAUCAUACCAGAGGUCUGUACAGCCAUAAUUGAAGUUCUACAAGACUACAUACAGGUACCUAAGAGCCAAGAAGAGUGGUUGAGCGUUAGCAAAAAAUAUGAAGACGUUUGGAAUUUCCCUCAUUGCAUUGGUGCAAUUGAUGGGAAACAUGUGCAACUACAAGCACCAAUUGGUAGUGGAAGUAAUUUUUACAAUUACAAAUCAACUUUCAGCAUUGUAUUGAUGGCGGUUGUUGAUGCCGAUUACAAUUUUUUAUAUGCUGAUGUCGGUUGUCAGGGCCGAAUUUCGGACGGCGGAGUUUUUCGAAAUACAUCAUUUUUUAAACAGCUCGAAGAACAAAAGCUAGAAAUUCCACCACCAGAAAAAUUAAUUGGACGGGAAAAGGCCGUGCCAUAUGUAUUUGUAGCAGAUGCGGCAUUUCCGUUAAAAGAGAACAUACUUAGACCUUACCCCGGCUCUCAUGAAAAGGGAUCGGACAAAAGAAUUUUUAACUACCGUUUGUCGAGAGCUCGGCGAGUGGUCGAAAAUGUUUUUGGUAUUCUAUCUGCCGUAUUUAGGGUAUUUAGAAAACCUAUGCUACUUGAACCUAAAAAGGCCGAGCUUGUAGUUAUGGCGUGUGUAUACCUACACAAUUUUCUUAGAAAAGAAAAGUCAUCGAGAGAUAUUUAUUCACCGACAGAUUUAAUUGACCAUGAAAUUGAAGGGCAACUUGUCCAUGGAACGUGGAGAGAAGACAUACAGAGUAACAGUGCAUUCACUCCUAUGGAAAGGGUUGGAAGAAGAUCACCACGUUUUGCAGAAGAAAAUCGAAAUGAAUUUGCUGAAUAUUUUUCGAGCGUUGGUGCUGUGCCAUGGCAAUCAAAAUUAGCAUAGGAAUCAGCAAUAGUUUAUAUAGAAUUUGCUUUAUUAAUUUAUUUUAGUAUUAGUACCUAGUGGUUAUUAGUAAGUAACUGGUAAAAGUAAAUCAUUAAAUAUUUAUAUAUAAAGAAAUAAAGAAUUUUUUUAUCUAACA